AUGGCAUCCCGUUUCGCUUUCCUCGUUGUGCUCUUCUUCGCUUUCGUUCAGCUCACGUACGGUCAGGCUGCUCAACUUGCUUCAUCUACUCGAAGAGGGCCAACUUCCGCGUCGACCAUCAGACCUACCACGCCAGCUGCAUCACCAACCAGCGCAACAGCAACUUCGAGGUCAUCAAGCCGUGUUGGGAAUGCCACGACAUCACGAACAACGAGCAGCAGUGCCUAUGAUGCUUCCAGCCCGCCAGACGUUUACUUAAACGUGCCAAACUUGUCUGUUGGUCGAAUUGAGCUUGACGUAGAUAACCUCAAAGCGGAUAUCAACCUGAAUGCUGCGGUUGCUGGUCUUGUCACCAUCAACGCUGGAGUUGCAGUUUCUGUUCAACAGGUCAAUCUUACAAUCACCGAUGUCUCGGCAGAGCUUGAACUCAUUGUUCGCCUGGGGCACCUAGUCGAUAUCGUCAACCGGGUUUUUGAGUCACUUGACUUGAACCCUCUGCUUAUCAACCUCCUCAACAAUGUUACAAGUAUCGUAGAAGACGUAGUCGGAGCUGUGGAUGGCUUGCUGGGCUCCAUUACACAAGGCGGAACCACACUUUCAUUCCUUGUCGACAAUCUAGGAAACAUCGUCCAGGAAGUCGGUGGAGUAAGCACCAUUGUUGGAAGCUAUUUGAACAACAUGACCUUCACAGGACAACAGCAAACUCUUUCCAAUGGAAACAUCCAGAAGACAUUCUCUUAUUCGCCACUCAGCGCUCUUGUGAAUAUCAUAUUCAACAAGGCAGGCCAGAUAGUGCAAGCAACAGUAGCAAAGGCAACAGGUGGAGGUGGAACCGGAACAAGCACGUCGAGCGCGGUUCCAACGAGUACUGGCGCGUAA